AUGCGGAAAUAAAAUCUUGGAACGAUUACAAAACUAGAUCAUACGAUAUUUUGUUUGUGAAGUGGCGCGUUUUCAUUGAGUCGUGCUGGAGGUGUGGCCAACGGCGUCGCGUAGCGCGCUGUUUGCAAACAUGUUUUGAUAAUCGUAUAAAACUAGUUGUUUAUUUACGAAUUUCUCAGUACUAACUCAAUAUUCAAAGGAGAAGGUACUCACUGUUUUUAAAUCAACCAUUUUAAAAGACAUUCAAUUUUAGGAGGACUUCCUUUAUUAAAAAGUGACGUGAUAAAACAAAGUGAAGUGAACUGAACGAGAGUGAAGUGAAUGUAAAAAGUUUGUUUUGGUUCGCUCGGCUGCGAUUGGCAGAACUGUUAUCGUCCGAUUUUACGUCAUUCGUAUCUGUCAUUGAUUUAUUUAUAUUUUUCGCCAAGGCUUUACGCAAAUAUUAUAUUUGCUACAGCUGUGAAUCGACACUGCUUCUGUGAUAACGUGAUAUCCAAUCGUCGAGAGAAUUCUUUGUAUGUGUAUUGUGACAUUACGAUAAACCAAGUGUGAAGUGACGGUCGCGAGCGUACGUUAUUCAAUUCGCCUAAGAAUUUACUCCGUAUCUAUAAUUUAGAUACAAAACUAAGUGAUUCGUGUAUUCAUUAAUAAAAUAUAUUGUGUUUUACGUGCCGUGAGAUCAAAUAAAGCUCUAAACAUGUCUUCGUUAGGCAGUCAGUGGCGGAUAAUUCGGCACUAUCUGUCGAUGACCAACCUGAAUUCAGAAGUUGAAAAACUAGUGCAGAGAAUGAAGCCAGCUUCCCCAGAGCAGUGGGACAAUUUAAUUAGGAAAUUUGAAAAAGCAGUCACAGCUAGAUUAUCAACUACAACCAAAGAAAUAGAACCAGCGCCUGAUAAAAAAUCUGUUACUAAAGAAACAUCUGCCACAAGCACGACAGAUGAGAGACCCUUCAAAAUACCCAACCACGAUGAGAAGUUUCCGCAGGAAGGUCUCUCGGUGGGCUCGGAAGCCAAAGAGAUCACUAUGGAAGGUCUAUGGCAAGGUUUAAAGCUGAAGAAGGAUACUCACUUUGGGAAAAUAUCGGAGAACAGCUGGAAAUCUAAUAAGCCUAUUGUCACAAAGACUUCCAUUCAUUCCCGAACGGCAUACGUCAUAUCGGCGCUUGUGACGGCAGAGACGACAGAAUGCCUGAUGAGGAGGACAGAGCAUUUCAUCGACCAUUUGAAACAAUAUCCUGAGUCUAGGGACUAUGCUAUUAAGGAGGGCGCAGUCCGAGCUCUUUUGAGGGUACAACGAAGACUGAGCGAUGAUCAACCAAUAACUAAAGAGACUGCUGGCAUUGUCAAAGAGGCCCUAGCCCUGAUGGGUUACACCGGCCCCACAAAAGGCCCCGGCCCCAACAUCCUGUCCAUCGACGGUGGCGGCAUCCGGGGCCUCAUCGCCAUCGAAGUGCUCCGGCACCUCGAGAGGCUCACCGGCAGGCGGGUGCAAGACAUGUUCGACUAUAUCAUCGGAGUCAGCACCGGGGCCAUCAUAGCUGCUGUCAUCGGUGGAGGCGUGGGCACGCUUGACACGGCGAAUCAGAUGUACAUGACGCUUUCUAAGGAAAUGUUCGGGAACACCUCGCUCAUUGGAGGUACAUCUAGGUUAGUGUGGACACAUUCCUAUUACGACACAGAUGCGUGGGAGGCUUUACUGAAGAGGAACUUGGGAGAUUGUACUCUCACGGAGUGCAAUAGGAAUGAUACACCUAAAAUGGCGCUAGUGUCGUGCGUCGUAAACGCCGGCUCAAAACUGUCCCCGUUCCUGUUCCGUUCCUACGAGUGUCCGUUCCGGGUGCGCUCCGUGUUCCCGGGCACGGCGCGCGCGCAGCUGUGGCACGCCGUGCGCGCCUCCGCCGCCGCGCCUACAUACUUCAACGAGUUCCGACUGAACAAUCUGUUGCAUCAGGACGGCGGCAUAAUGGUCAACAACCCAACAGGCGUCGGUCUCCACGAAGCCAAGCUCCUGUUCGGAGCGAAAGCUCUCCAAAACGGAACAGUCAUUUCCGUUGGAACCGGCAAGGCUCUCCACAAACACUUGGACUAUCAGAGUCUGAGCAACGGACUACAGAAGGAAGCACCCGGGACCAGUUGGAAGGACAAGUUUAACAAGAUUUUGGACUCUGCUACCGAUACCGAAGGUACCCACCUAGUGUUGAACGACCUCCUACCCCCGGGCAGCUACUACCGCUUCAACCCUCCCCUGAUGGACGAGUGCGCCAUGGACGAGAUCAACCCCGACAAACUGAACAGCCUAGUCACCGACACGCAGGCCUACAUCCGCCGGAACCAGCACAAGUUCCAACAGGCCGCCGCCAUGCUGGUACGGAAACGGACCAUCGCGCAGAAGGUAAUGGACUUUGUCGAUUACCAGAGCCAGAUUAUGGGCGUCGUGGCGAAGUGACGGUUAACUCAUCAUCAUCAGGUCGCUGAUGAAUGAUGAACGAACGAGUGAAUGAUCUAGUAAUCCAAUG